AUGCAAAGCUGCGCUCGCCAGCGCAUGAAGCUCCAACAGCUGGAGGAGAAGCAGGCUUUGGAGAAACGCCACCUUGCCGAGAAGCAUCAACUGGAAGAGGAGAUGAAUGAUUUGGAUGAGGUAGCUAGCAACCGGAGCAGGAUUAGCGGUCGGUCGAGCAACAGAAGGGUACAGCAGUGGCAAGAUGAAUGUGCUGAGCAAACAGAAGGCGCGCCAAAUCUCCAAUCGGAAGAGCAAGUAGCAGCCUCGCCUGUUCCACAGAACACCUCACGCGUCCCGGAGAGCACUAAGGAUGAUAAGUUACCGAGUCCAAUCGUUCCCGACAUCAACAAACAACCGUUAAAUUCGACGGUCAAACCGAAACACGUCAGUGGCGAUCAGCAGCAGGCAGUCGGCGCGUUCCCUUCGGCGGUUCCGGAGUCUAAACUGAUCGAGAGGCAACAGCAGCAGCAAACCGGCGCGUUUUCUACGACAGUUCCAGCAGUUAGAAAGGUAUCUGAUCCGACAGGUAAUGAUGAUACCCAAAAUCCCCCCGUAGUACUGCAUGGUAAACAACCAGUAUAUCAAAACGAAAUUCACAGUUUGCCACCAAAUUAUAAUAACUCCUUCCAUCAAAUGAUGAAGCAAUUUGGGCACUUGAUGCCAUCAGCCACGGUUUCUUCUUUCAAUUCAUACUCGCAUCCUCCCGAAACUGUUCCGCCGCUCGGAACCAAUACGACUCUUCCGUAUAAUAUGAACCCGACUUUGCCGGCAGGUAAUAUCCCCUUGCCACCGGGAUUUCCGCCCGUUGAACAAUUCACUCCUUCCCCGUCACAGUUAGCUGCACGACAGGUAAUGCCUCGCGAUUUGCCAAUGUUUUCGGGCAAUCCCGCAGAUUGGCCGAUAUUCAUAAGCAGCUUUAUGAACACAACGCUGGCUUGCGGUUACAAUUGUGCCGAGAAUCUCGCGCGACUUCAACGCUGUCUUAAAGGACCCGCGUACCAGUCUGUUGAAAGUAGGUUACUGCUCCCCGAUUCGGUUCCCCAAGUGAUUGAUACCCUUCGUUUACUAUAUGGUAGGCCGGAAUUGCUAGUCAGUGCUCUAUUAGACAAAGUGCGUAGUGUUCCGGUUCCGAAAGCGGAGAAAUUGGAGACUAUCAUUGACUUCGGCAUGGCGGUACGCAGUUUAUGUGACCAUCUUGAAGCGGCUGGACAGCAGGAUCACCUUUCGAAUCCGACUCUGUUGAUGGAACUGGUAGAGAAACUUCCCACACACACCAAAAUGCAGUGGGCAGAUUAUUUACAACAACACCCGGUGGUCAAUCUGAAAACUUUCGGGGAAUUUAUGCUAGGAGUCAUCACUGCAAUUAGCAGAGUUACUAUGUACACUGCGGGGAGCAGCGGUCCCCAAAAGCAGAAGCAAAAGGGAUCAGUGAACACCCACAUCAAUGAGACGGAACAGAUGCGCGAUCCAGCUCGCGAAAAUGAGCGUUGGUGUGCUUGUUGCAAGAAGAUGGGACAUCGAGUCUCGGAGUGUGCCGCUUUCAGAUCGUAUUCCGUUGACAACCGGUGGAAGUUCGUUCAAAACAAUGGGCUCUGCCGUAGUUGUUUGAAUGCACAUGGUAGGAGAAGUUGCAGAAACGCCACGCAGUGCGUGAUUGAAGGGUGUAAAUACCGUCACCACCCAUUACUCCAUUCGAAUCGUUCAAGCAGGGACUCGGACCCUGUACAGGAUUCCUCGAAUGCAGAAAACCACACCCACCGACAGUCCGAUCAGUCACUUCUAUUUCGUAUAAUUCCGGUCACUAUCUGUGGACCUCAAGCCACCAUCGAGACCUUUGCGUUUCUGGACGAUGGGUCAUCCCUAUCACUGGUCGAACAUGAGCUGGUUGAGCAACUUGGCAUUGACGGAUGGACGAAGCCUUUGUGUCUGAAGUGGACAGGAAAUGUGACCAGAGUGGAGUCGGAGUCGAAGCAAGUUCGGAUCACAAUUAGAGGUGCGACUAGUCAGAAGAAGUUCACCCUGAAUGAUGUUCGUACCGUUAAAGAGCUCACCCUACCGGAACAGUGUCUUCGAUACGAUGAACUAGCCAAUCGGUUCCGUCAUCUCAAGGGUUUGCCAAUCGUUGGCUACGAGAGAGCCGUACCUCGUCUGCUGAUAGGCGUGAAUAAUUUAAGUCUCACGGUGCCGCUACAGGUGAAAGAAGGCAAGAAGAACGAGCCCGUUGCCGUAAAAACCAGAUUGGGAUGGUGUGUGUUUGGUGGCAGCGACAGAGGAACUACGCACACGCUCCACUACCAUGCGUGUGAGUGUGUCAGUGACCAGGACUUACACAGUUUAGUACGGGAUUAUUUCGCGUUAGAUGAUGUGGGAGCGAGGCCAUCGCCGCAGCUAGAGUCCGAAGAAGACAAGCGGGCCAGAAGAAUCAUGGAAGGAACGACCGUCCGGGUUGGAGAUAAAUUCGAAACAGGAUUACUGUGGAGAUAUGACCAUGUUGAGUUUCCAGAUAGCUACAGUAUGGCAGUCAAGCGCUUCGAAUGUCUGGAGCGCAGGAUGGUUCGAGAUCCCGAACUAGCUGCAAAUCUGAGAAAGCAAAUAGCCGAGUAUCAAGUGAAAGGUUACGCACACCGUGCGACUGAAAGUGAACUGUCCCGAGGAGACCCAAAGCGUGUUUGGUAUCUGCCGCUAGGAGCGGUAAUGAACCCGCGAAAACCAGGAAAAGUUCGAUUGAUUUGGGACGCGGCAGCUAAAGUGGAUGGAAUAUCCCUAAAUUCCAUGCUGCUUAAGGGACCAGAUCAACUUACGUCACUGCCAGCUGUGCUAUCUCGUUUUCGCCAGUACAGAGUGGGAGUUUCUGCAGACAUUAAAGAAAUGUUCCACCAGAUAUCGAUACGGGAACAGGAUCGUCAUUCACAACGUUUUCUGUGGAGGAACAACCCAAAGGAAACCCUGGAAACGUUCUUAAUGGACGUUGUCACCUUUGGUUCUUCAAGUUCACCGGCGUCGGCACAGUUCGUGAAAAACAAGAAUGCCGAGGAGUUCGCGACCCAGUUUCCACGAGCUGUCGAAGCAAUCGUAAGAAACCAUUAUGUCGAUGACUUUCUCGACAGCUUCGAAGACGACAAGCAAGCAGCGCGCGUAUCUAAUGAAACUAGAUUCAUUCACCAUCAGGGAGGCUUCCAGCUUCGAAACUGGUUAUCAAACAGUGCAGAUGUGUUGAGAGAGAUGAAGGAGGAAGAUCCGCAAGAUAGCAAGAGCCUUUGCCUGAAACCUACCGAAGGGAGUGAUCGAGUAUUGGGAAUGCUGUGGCUGACGGUGAACGAUGAGCUGCAAUUCGCCAUGAAAAUGAAAGACGAGAUUCAGCAAGUGAUUGAUAGCGCAGGACGCCCAACCAAAAGGCAACUACUGAAAUGCCUGAUGGGAAUUUUCGACCCACUUGGUCUUCUAAGUGUUUUUCUAGUCCACGGCAAAAUACUUCUUCAGGACGUUUGGCGAGCUGGACUGCAGUGGGAUGAGAAAGUACCAGACGAUAUAUUCGACAGAUGGACCAGGUGGACGGGGCUCUUUCCGAAGGUCAGGGACCUGCGGAUUCCUCGUUGUUACUUCGCCGGAGCGAAUGCACAACUCUACGAAUUUCUUGAGCUCCACGUCUUCGUCGAUGCGAGUGAAGUCGCGUUCUCCGCUGUCGCUUAUUUCAGGGUGGUCAAACCUAGCGGUGAAGCAGAAUGUUCGUUAGUAGCUGCUAGAACGAAAGUUGCACCAUUAAAACCGUUGUCGAUCCCUCGCUUGGAGCUGCAAGCAGCGGUCUUAGGAACCCGCUUGAUGUCAUCGGUCUUAGAGAGCCACACCGUCGAAGUAAAGCAAUGCGUUCUAUGGAGUGAUUCCGCAACGGUUCUAGCAUGGCUACGUGCCGAUCAUCGCCAGUAUAAGCAGUACGUGGCUUGUCCUAUUGGGGAACUGCUAUCUACAACGGAUGUUGCACAGUGGCGAUGGGUUCCCAGUAAGUUGAAUCCGGCGGAUGCGGCUACGAAGUGGGGAAAAUGUCCGUGUCCGGCAGCUGCCGACGUCUGGUUUACAGGACCUGAAUAUCUUUCGCAACCCGAAGAGCACUGGCCAAAGCAAAGAACAUCUUUAAUACCUCCAGAAGAAGAGCUACGGUCGUGCUAUGUAGUCCAAGAACAUCUUAUUCCGGACAGGGUUGUGGAAUUCAAUCGCUUCUCUAAGUGGCGACGUCUUUCAAGAGCUGUAGCGUACGUGCAUCGUUUUAUUGACAAUAUAAGUCGUCGACUUCGGGGAGAGCAGCCGGAAAUUUUACACCUAACACAGGAAGAGCUGAAGAAAGCGAAGAACAGUCUGAUGCGGAUGGUUCAGUGGGAAGUAUAUCCCGAAGAAAUGAUCGCGUUGUCAACGGGACGAACCGAACUGGCAAAGUCUAGCAGUCUUUUCAAGAAGUCGCCUGCUGUGGAUGAGUUCGGAGUGCUGCGGAUUGAUGGCAGAAUUGGAGCUGCCCCGCAUACUCAAUUCGACACAAGGUAUCCAGUGAUCCUCCCGAGAAAACAUCUGGUUACCGAGCUGAUCGUGGACGACUACCACCGUGCGCUUCGUCAUGCUAAUUCGGAAACAGUGGUGAAUGAAAUUCGCCAGCAUUUCCACAUUCCUCGACUGCGAACAGUAGUGAAGCAGGUUGCAACCGCGUGCCGGUGGUGCAAAUUGAUAAAAGCGACGCCGAAGGUUCCGCGAAUGGCCCCACUCCCACCAGCGCGAUUAGCAUCGUUCGUUCGACCGUUCACUUACACCGGCAUUGAUUUGUUUGGGCCGCUGGUGGUGAAAGUGGGAAGAAGCGCUGCGAAGCGUUGGAUCUGCCUGUUUACCUGUUUAACUACUCGCGCCGUCCACGUUGAGGUUGCAUACUCUCUCUCUACGCCCUCGACUGUGAAGUGCAUCACGCGUUUCGUUAGCCGUCGCGGUUCACCUGCGGAGAUAUACUCGGACAAUGGUACAAAUUUCGUCGGGGCCGCGCGGCUGCUUAGGGAACAGGUCGUAGCUAUAAACCAUGAAUUGGCUGCAACGUUCACUAAUACCGAUACUAAAUGGAUCUUCAUACCACCGGCAGCACCCCACAUGGGCGGAGCGUGGGAGAGGAUGGUACGGUCGAUAAAAACUGCCAUGGAAACUGCGUACUACAAUAAUAGCAAGCUGGAUGAUGAAGGAUUGGCAACCCUGGUCGUCGCGGCUGAAGCAAUUGUCAACAGACGGCCACUUACCUACUUGCCUCUGGAUGCUGCUGAAAAAGAAGCCCUGACUCCGAACCACUUCCUGUUAGGGAGUUCCAAUGGUGUGCUUCAACCCGCGACAGCAUUCACUGACCCUGCGUUGGCACUCAAAAGCUCCUGGUACCAAAUUCAACACCAGCUUGACAUUUUCUGGAAGCGUUGGAUCCGGGAAUAUCUGCCGAUGCUGACAAAGCGGACAAAAUGGUUCGGUGAAGUGAAACCUCUCGCGAAUGGAGAUCUGGUUCUCAUAGUAGACGAUUCCCAAAGAAACGGCUGGUUGCGUGGACGAAUCCUGGAGGCUGUGGCUGGGAAGGACGGGAGAAUCCGGCAAGCUAUUGUUCAGACCACAAAAGGAAUACUGCGUAGACCUGUAUCAAAACUGGCUGUGUUGGAAGUUCAGACUGACGGUAAAACUGGCUCUGAUGACCAGUGUUACGGGGGGGAGAAUGUUGCGCAUGGGAACCCUAGCUCCCAUAAACCAACUCUGGCCGAUAAGGUCGAUGCGCCGCGACGUGCUGCUUGA